CAAAACAGAAAACUAAGGGUGUCUUAAUGUUUGUGCGCGGUAACAGGGUAGCCCUUAACCAAUCAAUGACGAGCCGAGAAUCCUGCACUUGUCUUGUGUGAACAAGCUGCAGUUGGGCAAUAUUGUGCCUGAAGCAGUAUUGAUAGACUUCAGAGGAAGUUGCCGAUUACGAUUGCGGAGGUUGAGGUGAAGACCUUACAGUGUCUCUGUGAAUGAAGGUGCAGUAGUUCUACGACUUUCUUACUGACUGUGAAACUCCAGAUGGGUGGUAGCAGAAGUGGUGUUCAUGUGGCCAUACUCCAUGGGAUUUGUGCGUUCAGUGAUCUGAACAUCGUUUCUAACCUACUGUUACGCGGACACAUCCUUGGACACAGUACGGUAGUGUGACUGCUGGUUAUUCGGGGCUCUUGGGUUUGAUUCCAGUAUGGGCUCCCCUCCGGGUCCAGUCUGCACAUUCCCUCUCCAUGUCCACAUUGGGUUUUCAUCAAUACCCAUUUCCUCCCACCUUCCGAAGACAGGCUGAUGAGGUCACGAGGUGUCUGCAAGCCCUGCCUCCAUGUGGGUCUACCUGGUGAUGGCCUAGAAUGGGUUUUAAGCUGUAGUCCCAUAUUGCACCCUGGGCUCCCAGGACAAAUCCCGGGUUGCAUCAGCCACGUUUUCUGGUAAUGGACGGAUAGAUAGAUAAAUCCAUCCCCUGUGUCCUGUUCUCAGCUGCGGGGAGGUGAACGUUUGACCAUUAAAUGCCAACCAAGCAUCAUCCUCCAUGUCUUCAGAGUUCACUAGGGGUCAGAGGUAAGCGGGAUUCAGCGCCAUCGAUUCGUGAGCGAGCAGGCCGUCGCUGGGACUGAAUUAGGGACGCGUGUGUACCGCAGGAAUGGCGAAUAUUUCUAGCGGGCAUUAUUCUAUCGUUCCCCCUGAAUUCUUGAUUGAAGUGCCAGUUUUAAUUGAGGUUGUGAUGGCAUCGAGCGUAUAUUUAAAAAGCCUUGGUGCUACUUUGUGGGUUCUCUCUAUCCAUGCAUGCUCCUAUUCCUCCUGUCAGGUUUGCACUCGUGGAAUAUUACUGGGAGGCAUCAGAGUGGAAAUGUAACUGUUCCUGGUUGUCUUUCCACGCUAUCUGAGGUGUGCGGCACAGGUUGCAGCGAUAAAGGAAUUACUUUGUGAUUCUAAGCGUCUCCAUCUCCUGCUGUUCUUGCAUCCCUUCAGGACGCCAGGUGCGAUAUCACAGUGCUGGCACAUGACCCGCACGAGGAGAGUAAGAGAAUUCCCUCUCUCUGCCACUGACAGGUUUUUGGUGCUAGGAGUCAGAUGCUGUUCACGCGUGUCAGCUCUGUUGUACAAAGUGACAUGCAGUAUGGUGAUUGUGGAGGGGGAGAAACUGUGUGGAUUCCUGCAGGAGAGACGGCAGAAAACGAGGAACAAAUCUUUUAUGACAUCAAAGACUCGCAUCAUCGGCAGACUGGCAGCUGCAGUGGAGCCUGCCAGGAAAGUGCUCUUCAGUCCCCAGAACCCUCGCAGUGUCAACACGGCCACAUAACCUGCUUAUCUGGGAAUGGGCAUGCCUGUGGUCACGGAGCAGCGGAAUGCUCUGGAGCGUCUGGAGGACUAUUCCGAGCCUUAGUGUUUCCCACUGGGAGCUGGGAGAUCUCUAGCACAAGAUUUCUAACGCAAAUUAGCCUGCUUCAUCUGCCAGCAUAUCCACCGCGUUUCCUGUUUGGAAAGCCCUUUGAUGGUGGGAAGCGCAUGGAGACGGGCGGCCAGCAUCCUGGCCUGCAGCGGCUGCAGGAGGUCCAGCGGGAGGUGCAGGGCCUGGGCAAGCAGGUGGGCUCCUUCAGCGGCCUGCAGAGCGACCGCGAGUACCGGCGGCUGGAGCGCGAGCUGACCCGCCAGCUGCUGGAGGUGGACGCGGUGGACACGGAGGGCAAGGCCGAGGUCCAGCAGGCCCGGAAGCGGGCGGCCCAGGAGGUGGAGGGGCUGCUCCGGCUCCUGGAGGAGAACUCGGCCCACCCCUCCCGCCUGGCCAUCGAGGGGCUGAGCCAGGAGGCCCAGCGGCUGGUGGAGGCCGGGGUGCUGGAGCCCCAGAGGGCGGGCGCCGGGGAGAUCAGCGACGAGCUGGUGGAGAGCCUGCAGGACCUGGUCCUGCGGCUGACCCAGGUGAAGACGGGCGGGAGGGUGCCCCUGCGCAAGGCCCGGUACCGGGCGCUGACCCGCGUGUGCGCCGUGCAGGACGUGAUCGAGGGGCGCACCCGCCGGCAGACCCUGCCCCUGCCGCUGUCCGAGGACACCCACGCGGCCGUGCAGAGGAUCAACAUGGUGAUGGCCAGGGUGAGCCAGGCGCGCAGCGAGCUCAUCGCCCUGCUGAUGGGCCUGGGCGACGGGGACAGCUGCGCGCACCUCGCCCGCGUGCUCACCGAGCUCCUGGUGGAGCUGGACGCCCUGGACGUGUCGGGCAACGCCGCCGUGAGGAACUACCGCAAGCAGGUGGUGGAGGAGAUCCACGGGCUCCUGAAGCACCUGGACCUGGAGGGAGAAGGGGACGACACGUGCAGGUACGACCUGGCCCAGAACGACUCGAUCCAGCAGAUCGAGGUGCUGCGCGGCCGCGUGGCUCAGCUGCGCCGGCAGCUGAUCAGCCAGGACAGCCCCGGGGAGCUCGGCUUCAAACCCAAGGCGGAGCUGCAGGGGUUCCUGACGCAACUGGACGAGGUCAGCACGGCGCGCAACCCCUGCAUCCGCGAGGCGCGCCGCCGCGCCGUGCUGGAGGUGCAGGCCGUCAUCACCUACAUCGACCUGCGGGAGGCGCUGGUGAGGCGGCUGCCCACCGCCGAGGAGCACCCCUCGCAACGCGCCGUGUGGCAGGUGCUGGCCAGCCUCUCCGAGCUGCAGGGGCAGGUGCUCAGCUUCGACGGCAAGCGAGCCGACAAGAGCUACAUGGUGCUGGAGGAGAUGCUGACCAAGCAGCUGCUGGCCCUGGACGCGGUGGACCCGCAGGGGGACGAGAUGUCGAAGGUCGCCCGCAAGCAGGCCGUGAAGUUCGCCCAGAACAUCCUCGGCUACCUGGACAUGAAGACGGACGAAUGGGAGUACUGACCGCGGCCACUUGCGGUGGUCUGUCUCUCUCGUUUGGUUCGCAGUCCUCUCUCCCCUCAUCUUCAUAUCGCAAAGAGAUGGAUCAGGCUGCAGGAGGACAUGACGGAACUAACUGGUUUGUGGCUGGGGAUGGUAACAUGAUGAUGACGUCUUUGUUGCUGUUACAAGAUUCAGGGGAAACAUCUGGCUCUGGAAAGAGGCUGUUUUUUUUUUUAUUCCAACUUUACAGACAUGAAUACAAGCAAAUUGUUCCUCUGCGUUAAGAGUUCCAUAAAUCUCCAGUCCGUUCCGAAAGACUGCGUUUUUUAAUUGUGGCGUUAGUGUGGUGCUCUAACCCAUGAACAGAAGUGUGACGUGGAGCUUCUAAGCGUUUCUCUUUCUGUCUGUCUGUUUGGUCAAAAAAAAAAAAGUCGUCGUGAGAUAUACAAUUGUGAUCUGGUGUAAAACUGUUAGAAAAAACACAAAGAGGGGAAAGAGGAGGAAUUCCAUAUCUUCAGAACCUUUACAGGGAAAGCAUCUCAGUUUUGGGGGGAAACAAAUCAGUUCUCCAGCAGAGAAGAGUUAGUUGCUAGUAGCUCUCUGUCUGUUGUUUUAGUUGUACUGGUAGUGAACUUCCCUUUAGUUCAUCAGCAGCUCUGCCAGACUGCCAGCACAUCUCGCCAGUAGCCUGCAGACAAGCCAGCAGAUUAUGGGGUCUCCGAAGACAUGCUCUGAGAUCUAAUCUACAUCCUGUUACCUGAAGGCACAGCAGACUCUAGCAGAACUCUAGCAGAGCCGUUCAAGGUGAAUGGAAAUUGACUUCCACUUCUUACAGCUUCACAGCCCAAGAGGAGGAGAGGUGAGGGUCAUUGUUAGAUCUCCAACUUGUGUCUUUACUUCACAGGUGAUGUCUCAAGAUAUGGGUGACUAUAACCUCUGUAAGUAAUCACCUUCGGAGAAGAGCCGAAGACAUGUUAAUUCAUCUUGAAUUUUUUUCUUAUGCUUAGUUUAGUCAUUACUACAGAGAACUAUUGACCAAUUCAUUUACUAAGCAUCUAGACCGCUUUAGUUCUUAAAGCUACUUUAAUUACAUUGUUUUGUACAUGAUAUUUCACAGCAAGAUUCAGCAGCUCACUCACUGAGUCCUAGUUUCUGCUGACUGAUUCACGAUUUGUAUAAAUCGUGAUUCAGUCAGAAGGAACAAGGAAUUGAUGAUCAGUCAAUCGUGAACAUUUUAGAUUUAAAAACAUCUCCUUUUGCAUUAGCCAAAAAAGGAGUUUUCUUGUUCAAGAAAAGAAAAGGGUGUAAAAAAGUGAGUGAAGUGAAAUCCGUCCCUAGCAGAGCUUGGUUGAAUCCAAGCUCUCCUGGGGACUGGUAUUUUCUGUUGAUAUUUUUUUACUUUUGUUUGUGAUGUUUGUGGCUAACAUGAAAGUCUCCAUUGGGUGUAACUCGGAAAUAACUAAAAUGAAGGACUUCCCUGUUAUUGACUAAUUCAUCGCUUUUUUUUUCUGUUGUGUCAUUUCAUGGAAGCAAUUCGCUGAAGUUUAUAUUUUCAUUUUUGAAAAAACAAGACUAUAACCAGGGUUCGUCUGUUGCCAUAGUCACUGAUGUUUUGUGGCUGUGGGGUACGGUGUUUGGGACUGCUGCCAUGUCAGAGAGUGAUUGACACAAGAUUUCAGAUAUUCAUUGUAUCGACAGACUAUGAAUGGGUUUUAUAAAAAAUGCCCAGUUCUGUGCCUUUCUUUCUGCCCAUGCUUCUGAUGGCUCUUUCGCUGCUUGUCGAGUAAGCACAGUAUAAUCCACUGUGGCAGGGAGGCUGAGUGGAUAUUAAGUGUCCUCACUUUAAUGCACAGAGAGGGAGGGAACUGUCCUUUGAAUUAUUUAACACAAGCACAAGACAGAGAAGCAGUAAGAGGGAAACAGGACUCCAUAUCUGACGCUAUGCUUUCUGGACAGGAAGCAUUGUAUGUUGUAUAGAGAAACUCUGGGCUCUGCACCUGUUGCUGGAAUCAUGCACCAUUUUUGUGUGGAUUCUGCACCGAUGGUCAUCAGGGGAAUGACUGGGCACAAGCUAAAGGAAGCGCACCUCCCAGUGAAGGCCAGCUGUGCAGCGGUCAGCCGCAUCUCGCUGCUUAGCUCUAGACAUACCCUGUGAACCUGCACACGCUCGGGCAGGCCGAGGUGGCCUUCAGUUUUCACUGCAUGCAAGGCUGCUGCUUUUCUCUUCCCAGAGUUAAUGAGCUAGCUCCGAGGACAGCAGGCUUGCAGAGCCCCCCAGAGGCUUCAUUACCUGUGCGGCUCCACACACACAUUAUGGUGGUCCUUUUUUAAACUGAUGAACCUGUGAAAGACACCAACAUGUCCGUAUGGUCCCUGCAGGGAGAGAGCUAGGUUUACCCAGUCUAUCUUCUGCUGUGAUGGGAGGCUAGCAGAGCUGUUCCUACAGGCUGGAACUCGAUCGAUUCGGGGGGGGGGGGUUUCCCCAUCUUGUGCAGCAACAGCUUUUUCUAUAGAUCUGCAAGUUCCAGUAUUGGCACAAGUUGUGUGUAUUUGGUUACUGUGGCUUUAAUUCUAUCAGCUAGGAUGAAUCAGUGUUCUAUAAGCUCCAAAAUAUGUUAUCGCCAAAAAAAAAAAUGCAUCAUUUGAUGAUUCAUUUUAAGUGCUGUCUCAGCUUUAUCUCUUGUCGUCUCUUGUUGGGUGGGAGCUAAUGUUUUCGUCUGCAGCUGGACCUCUGUGGUUUCCUGUAGGAGUACAUGGUGCUGUUCAGAAACCCGACUGAAAAACAACGGUACACGACAAGAUGUGCACGAUUGCUAAUCUUAACAAACCUGCUAUUGUAUUUAUAUACAGCACCUUUAACUCUGCAUGCAGAUUCGGUUGUGGAUUCCUUAGUAGUUGUUUUUUUUAUUAUUAUUAUUAUUAAUAAUGGAUUUGCCCGCUCAUGAGAGUACAAUGGGGGUUGCUGUGGAGUGGGGGAGUUCUGUGGGGAUUUAUAUCCGCAGGAUUAGAUCGACAUCUGUCAUGAUGACAACUCGUCCCUGAUUAUUUCAAGCCUCUGCCUUUCUUCUAAUUAUAGUGCAGAUUCUGAGGGUUGUUUCAUCAUGUCUGGGUGACAUGUGGACACGGUAUAAGCACCACAAUCACCCCCUCCCCCCUCCCCCAGUCCCUGAACAACGAAGAGCCGGGAAACUUUUGUGAAUGUCAGUAUGGAGGCAUCGCUUCUCCUGGGUGGCGGUCGUUCACAUUGGCCACAGUGAGGCGAGGUUACUGUAGACGGGGGGCCGAGACGGGUAGGUGACUAUCCAGCAGGCAGGGACUGAGAAACCCCAAGCUCGAGUAGUAAUUGGCACCGACAGCUUAGUUUGAACUCUCCCGCCUUCGAGUGCCGCCACCGCCCUCUGGGGAUAAGAAAAAAAAAAACAACAACAACAACAACAACAACUAGAAUGUCGUUCCAAAACAAAAACAAAAAAGUCAGUGUAGUGUUUCCAAGCGCCAAAGCGACUUCGGCCAGGAGUUUCAUUCGGUCCUGUUUCUGGCGGAGGGUGAAGGCGGCUCUGAAUCCGUGUGAAAAGGGCCCUGUGAUGUAUUCGUUUCCCGCGGAUACAACUCUGGGUGCCGGGAAUCGCUCGGACAUCACUUCCCCCUCGUCUGUUUCCAUACAUGCUCAUACAUACAUACAGCUGGGGAGGAGUCGGCGCUCUCUGAUGGCUGGAGACGAGCUGUCAGGCGGGCUCGAUCGUGGGGAGAUAGAUUCCUGCUCUGUGUCCAGUGUACUAAUAAAAGUGUCUUAAUGUUGCGAAACAAGAUGCAGUGUGGUAUGAUGUGUGUGUGUGUAUAUAUAUACCGUGUAUAUUGACUGCCCUAAAUUGGAAACGAAAAAAGAUGUAAAUACUAUCCAGCAGUAAAUAUAUAAUUUAACAAGAAAAAAAAA